CAAAAUUCUCCUAACAUUAAACCUUCUCUAAACAAAUACUCAAGAACUCGAUUCCUCUGCUAUGGUGACUCACCCAAGAUCAGUCCUCUGUCCUCUAUUGCUCAUCAGCUUGUGCUUGAUCAGCGGAAAUGGGGUGCUCGCUUCCCGUCGCCUUCUAGACACCGAGCUUCCCAAGAUCCCUGAAUUGCCCAAGCCUGAGUUUCCCUCUAUUCCAACCCUGCCCAAACCUGAAAUCCCUUCCCUGCCGAAGCCCGAGAUCCCAUCCCUACCCAAAGCACACGAGAUACCUGCCCUACAGAAGCCUGACCUGCCUGAGGUGCCCAAGCUGCCAGAAGUGCCCAAGCUGCCUGAGGUACCCAAGCUGCCAGAGUUGCCUAAGCCAGAACUUCCGCAUUUCCCAGAAAUCCAGAAGGACAUUCCUGACCCUUCUCUUCACUGAGCUAGUCUUUCAGUCGUGCAUAUUAUGACUAUAAGUAUGGGAAUCUAGGAUUCUUGAGCUACACCGAUUUAUUUUCUAUAUGCAGCGUGAUUGGCCUUAGUGUCUUCUCGAUCGUGUGAGGCUUGUUGCCAUUGUACUAGCAUCAUUAUUCGUGUGUUCAUUUGAAUUAUAUAUUUAUUUCCGUAAAA